GCAGCUGCAGUGGAGAAUCAUGUUAAGCUCGGCUACUGCGGAGAGCCCGAGGUAGCCCAAUGAUGGAUUUUGAUGAGCGUGGUCCCUGCUCCUCUAACAUGUAUUUGCCAAGUUGUACGUACUACGUCUCGGGUCCAGACUUCUCCAGCCUCCCUUCUUUCUUGCCCCAGACCCCGUCUUCGCGCCCAAUGACAUAUUCCUACUCCUCCAACCUGCCCCAGGUCCAACCCGUGCGCGAGGUGACCUUCCGCGAGUACGCCAUUGAGCCGGCCGCUAAGUGGCACCCCCGCGGCAAUCUGGCCCACUGCUACUCGGCCGAGGAACUGGUGCACAGGGACUGCUUGCAGGCGCCCAGCGCGCCCGGCGCGCCCGCCGACGUGCUGGCCAAAGGCUCGGCCGGCGUCUACCACCACCCCACCCCCGCCGUCUCCUCCAAUUUCUAUAGCACCGUGGGCAGGAACGGAGUCCUGCCGCAGGCGUUCGACCAGUUUUUCGACACCGCCUACGGUACCCCGGAAAACCUCGCUUCCUCCGACUACCCCGCGGACAAGAGCGCCGCCGAGAAGGGGCCACCGGCGGCCACGGCGACCUCGGCGGCGGCGGCGGCAGCGGCCACGGGCGCGCCCGCAACUUCAAGUUCGGAGAGCGGCGGCGGUGGCGGCGGCUGCCGGGAGGCGGCGGCGGCGGAGAAGGAGCGGCGGCGGCGCCCCGAGAGCAGCAGCAGCCCGGAGUCUUCUUCCGGCCACACUGAGGACAAGGCCGGCGGCUCCAGUGGUCAACGCACCCGCAAGAAGCGCUGCCCCUACACCAAGUACCAAAUUCGGGAGCUGGAGCGCGAGUUCUUCUUUAGCGUCUAUAUCAACAAAGAGAAGCGCCUGCAGCUGUCUCGCAUGCUCAACCUCACCGACCGGCAGGUCAAAAUCUGGUUUCAGAAUAGAAGGAUGAAGGAAAAAAAAAUCAACAGGGACCGCUUACAGUACUAUUCGGCCAACCCGCUGCUCUAA